CCUUCUCCUGUCCCGUGUCAUUGCUGAAUGACCGAAGAUGUCUCAUAGCAGGUUGUUUGCCCGGCUGCUCUUGCAGCAGACUGGGGUCAGGCACUGUUAUACUGCGAGCAGAAAGAACCUGUACAUCGACAAGAACACCAAGGUCAUUUGCCAAGGUUUCACAGGCAAGCAGGGCACUUUCCACAGCCAGCAGGCGCUGGACUAUGGCUCACGGUUAGUGGGGGGAGUGUCCCCUGGUAAAGGGGGGAAAACCCAUCUUGGUCUGCCUGUCUUCAACUCCGUAAAGGAGGCUAGGGAGGCCACGGGCGCGGAAGCCACCGUGAUCUAUGUGCCGCCUCCGUUCGCGGCGGCGGCCAUCGUGGAGGCCAUCGACGCGGAGAUCCCGCUGGCGGUGUGCAUCACCGAGGGCAUUCCUCAGCAGGACAUGGUUCGAGUCAAACACAGAUUACUCCGUCAAGGCACCACCCGUCUCAUCGGCCCCAACUGCCCGGGAGUCAUCAACCCUGGAGAAUGUAAAAUUGGAAUCAUGCCUGGACACAUUCACAAGAAAGGGAGAAUUGGUAUUGUGUCACGGUCAGGCACGCUCACAUAUGAAGCUGUGCACCAAACUACACAAGUUGGAUUGGGACAGUCUCUCUGUGUUGGUAUCGGAGGAGACCCGUUUAACGGCACCAACUUCAUUGACUGCCUGGAGGUUUUCCUUCACGAUCCGAAGACGGAGGGUAUUAUCCUGAUCGGAGAGAUCGGAGGCAACGCGGAGGAGAAUGCUGCCGAAUUCCUGAAACAACACAACUCCGGUCCUAACGCCAAGCCGGUGGUUUCCUUCAUCGCCGGACUGACAGCCCCCCCGGGCAGGAGGAUGGGCCAUGCCGGCGCCAUCAUCGCAGGAGGCAAGGGCGGAGCCAAAGAGAAGAUCGCCGCCCUCCAGUCGGCGGGCGUGGUCGUCAGCAUGUCCCCUGCUCAGCUAGGCAGUACCAUGUUUAAGGAGUUCGAGAAGAGGAAGAUGCUAUGAUCUGCGAUUGGCCUCCAAGAGUCCGGGUUCCCUGUUGUGGCAGACUUGCCUCCUGGAUCAAGAGGUCGUACGUCCCUGCCAGAGUUUCCCGAACCCUAACCCUGUGACUCCUCCACUACAACCCGCACACGUUUCGAUGUUGUAAAACGCCUCAGAUCAUACUGUCCUGCAUUUGCACCAGAGGAAAAUAAAGUAUUCAAAAAUAAUUAAAAAAAAAAAAAAACCCACACACACACACUGAAUUCAUAGUUUUCCUUUUUAAACAUAUGUACAGCACAGUAAGACAUUGAGUACAGCUUGUUCUUUCUCUCUUGCUGAGAAACGUUAAUCUUGUUAGUCAAAUCGGAGGGAUGAGGCUGUAAUCUCUGAUUUGAUUCAGUACAACCAGUUUUUGUCUCUUUUGAUGUACCAGCGCUGAGAGAGUCUCAUCUCCUGUGUUCACUAGUUCUCCAUCUGAUGCAGAUUCAGUUAUGAAAUAUAAAUACAAUUUGCUCUGAUCUCC